UGGGAAAUACCACCAGCAUUACACAAUGAUUGCCUUAGUUAUCACACUGAUCGUGGGCUUCCCUCUGGGGCAUGCUUUUAAUGUGUCUCAGCCAUACUAUGCAGUGGGAGUACAGGGGCAGGUUUCUUUGCAUUGCACAUUUAACACGAGAUCAAAACCAGAAGAAAUGCAAGUGUCCUUACUUAAGGGAAUGCAUGGAGAAGAAAGGAUCUGCAAUGCCUAUGUCAACUCCUCAAAGCCUUCCAUAGUAACAAAUGGUAGCAUUUACUGCAGAUAUAAUAGAAGGCCAGGCAGAGUGGACCUGACUGUCUUUGGCUUGAAGGGGGAAGACACUGAUAUCUAUCGAUGCCAAAUAGAUGUCAUCUUCCCACCACCAUACAUCCGCAGGAUUGGGAAUGGUACGCUGGUGUACAUACAAGACAGCCCAGACUGCCCCCCUGUACACGCACAAGCUAGGAUUCAGGAAACCCCCGAGAUCACAUACGAACAAACUCUUACAUUGCCUAACAUUCUGCUUUCUGCUAUUCUCAUAACCACCACCAUCACGCUCAUUCUCCAGGUGAUUAAAAUGGUCCUGCCUCAACAGAAAUCCAAUCACAGGAUACAAACUGUUCCACAGAAAGGCGAUUACAGGAUCUUUUGGUGAUUUGUACAAUAAUAAUCAAUGAUAUUCAUCGGAAUCUGCAUUAUGGAAGAAAUACCAUUAUACUAUAAUAGUAAUACAUUACCAGAAUUUUAUGUUUUACCUGAAGGUAGAUAAAUAAGUCAGCUUUUUGCACAGCUUCCUGUGCUGUUUCUUUGUAAUUUUCAGUGGAAAAGAAACAUUGCAUGUUUCCUAUGGAAGUGUUCCCAAUG